AUGAAUUUGUCGGGACAGCUUGACCUGACAAACAUCGAUGAAACAUUUCUUCAGCUCACGGAAGACAAGCUCUAUUACCUUCAUCGUGUGCCAGAUGAUGUAGAGGGGUUUCCACAACGCCUCGCCUUCCGAGUGAAACUCCCUAGCGGGAAAAAGAAGCAUUACAUCAGCAGGGGAAAACUGGAUUGGGGUAACUACUUCGGGGGAUGGCACGGCACCCCAGUCAAUAGGCAUGAUCUUAGUGUCAAAAAGGACGUCGAACCGAUUUGUAUUCAGGUAAAAGUUUGAUCUAUAUGUUUAAAAAUUAGGUCUAUAUGCUCCAAGUUCACAAAAUGCGAGCAAAAAUCGCAACAUUUGAAAGCAAGCAUAGUCAGACGCUGCUCUUUUCUUGAUUAACGCGAGGCAGGAGCUCCGUCAAGGCUUCGACUUCUUAUAGUGCGGGGACCUGAUCCAAUGGCAAAAAACCUACCAUUUUGCAUCGGGGAAGUGUCAAAAAUGUGGCAAAAUGCUUCCCUCUCCAAGCGAAAAAACUCCGGUUUAAAAAGCGCGCCCCACUCUUUUUGUGAGGGAAACUGCAAAAACGACUUAAAAUUGAUUACAAGAGAGUGAUGAAAAUUUGAUUUCUUUUUUUUCAGACUGAGUUCAUGAUAAUAGCAUUGUUGAAGAAAGUUCCGCUGGAGGUAAGUUCAUUGCAUAUUCAUUACAUUUUUUGGUGCUAUCGUAUACAAGUCCGUCCGGAACAAAGUGAAUUUUUCGUUUUACACAGUGCCGUCGGAAUCGCUUUAGUUUGUAAAAAUUUUGGUUGAUAAGACGUUCAACCGAAUUUGUUUCAGCUGAGACACAAUAUCUUUGACAAAACCCCUCUUCCGUUUGUCGCAGAUCUCCUGGAUGGCUGCGAUUCCAAAUAUGUUGCCACGUUAAAAAAUGUGUGCCAACAGAACAACAUUCGCCCAAAAGAUGGUAUGGAUUCAAAUCGGGGACUUGCAUUGAGAUCGUAAGCAGGAAUUUAAUAAUGUUAAAAAAAUGACGUCAAACUACCGGGCUUCGGAAAUUUUGGAUUCCCUUUUCAGCAUUAUGCCCAAAGUUGUUUUCAGUUGUUUUUAUCGUGUCUCUGGAUACCUCGUACCUUUUUUUACAGAUAUCUGAAAUCCCUAAAGAAUCUGCGGUUGUCCGGCUACAACUUUUGGCACCUGGUCGACGACCGCAGAGUCGAUCUCACAGCAGGCAAGCUGUAUCACCUACAGCAUACGAAUAAGAAAGUACACGCGGGGGGUGAUCCACGUCGCCUAACUUUCCGCGUGCCACUUCCCCAAAGCCGAGAAAGCCUUCGACUUUACGUCCGCGACAGCGAACACAUUUUUUCGAACAAUGCAGGGCAUUGGACCUUCACCCUAGCCAGCCGUCAUGACGCUGAGAUCAAAGACAACGACCAAUUUUGCACGACGAGUUUUGAGGUAGACUUUUUUUACCUUGCUUUACGUUUGUGCAAGGUGUGGUUGGCUUACGGUCGAGAGGCCCGGGGGACAACUACACGAUAAGACGAGAAGCUCGAGUUCAAGUGAUUUAUUGAGUGAAAAGCGGCCCACGUCAAACUGAGAUAAGCUAAAACAGUCCAGUGAAUGGAUUGGCCAUUUGCCCAAAAAAGACGCGAAAAAACGUUUUGUCGGGGAAGAAAUGGGGAUUUUUUGGGGCGAGAGAGUGCGCUUUUGCGUGUCCUUUUCCUCUCUUUCUCUGGAAAACAAGAUGAAACGUAAAAAACCGAUAGCGAAGAGUCUAUUCCGGUCACCGGACUGCCCUUUCAGAUCGAUCCCAUCGUGGGCAGCGUGGCAUUCGACGAGGAGAAUCGCGUCUAUUAUCUCAAGCCACACGCGCGACACGAGGCAGACGUCUAUCGGCAGAGUCUUCUCGACGGUAGCGACGCCGAAUUUGUGUGGAACUUCCCGCACAGGAUGGUGACAGAUCUGAUCGUGGGAAAUGGCAAACUCUUGUUGUCUGUGGUUCGUAACCCACCUACUAUUGUCUGCUAUGACAUGGAAACGAAAUCUCAUUUUAUUACAGAGUGCAAUUAUAUGGGUCUUGUGAGUAUUUCCAAUGGUUUUUUAAAAUACAUACGUAUACAUAUAAGAGUGGGGCUUUAUAUUAUUCCAAAAAGUUACAAACUUACUUCAUUUUUGGCCUACAUGAAAUUUUGUGGCCUACUUCAAAAUGUCGUCUGCCUACGUGAAAAAAUUUCAUGUGGGCUAAAAAAUUUUUGUUUUAUUUUUUCUUGGCAUAUGUGCUUUUUUUUCAUGUGGGCGAAAAAAAUUUUUUUAGGCAUAUCAGUCUGUCGGGAAAAUAACGGUGGAUGGUCGCGCCUCGGAAUCGCCCAUCAUCGCGUUGCGACGGCGGCCACAGCUGGAGAUUUGGUGCGCGAUUGCGGUGAGGCGAGUCAUUUUGAUGCGACGACCCGCCGUUAUUUUCCCGACAGACUGAUACAUGAAAAAAACGACCUAUGCCCAAAACAAAUAAAAAAUUUUUGGCCCACAUGAAAAAAAUCGCCUAUGCCAAAAAAAUAUUUUUUUUUGCCUUGGUUGAAAAAAACGAAAAUUUUCAUGUAGGCCAAAAAUGAAGUAGGUUUGAAACUUUUUUGGAAUAAUAUAAAGCACCACUCUUAUAUGUCCUACAGGGGGCGCCAAAAAAGAUUGGGACAGAAAUAAAUUCCGUAUAGCUUUUUCGGGUGGAAUGGAAACGUUUCGCCCUUUGAGGAGAAAAAAAUUUUUUCAAGGGGAUGACCGGGAUAUCAAUUUGCCCAUUGUAAAUUGAUGUGAGAAGCAAAUGACUUGAAAAAAUAUGGAUUAAAAACGUGAAAUUUUAUGAAUUUUCGCAAAUUCAAAAAACGAAUAAAAAGCAAAGUAAAAAUUUUGACAAUCCUAAAAAAAUGUUUUAUAAAAAUUCAUUUUUUUUAUUUUUAAAUUUGGCGCGAAAUUUGAAAAUUCAUAAAUAAAAAAACAUUUUUUGGCAAUUUUUUCCAAAUUUUUCACGCCCUCUUUCAAAAAUUAGCAGCUUCUAGCGCAUGCCAGAAUCCGAAAAUCGACAAUAAGAGACUCUGUACCCACCUAGUUUGCCCUUGUCCCCAUUCUAUGCAAAGAGGAAUUUUUCCAGGGCUCUUGGAAAACCCUUCAUCACAAUACACUCGUCUUCAGCGAUGCCGGCUACGGUACGAUACUCGGCACGAUAAAUGGGGAGAGUAUCCAAAUGCAGAGGGUGUCCAGCUACCGGCGACAGCAACUGAACAGGGACACGUUCCUUAUCAUGGUGGAAGAAGAGGGAGAGAAGAGACUGAAGGUGGGCUUUACAUUGACUCCGCGUAAAAACCAAUGUUCAGACGUUGUCGAUUGUUGAAGAUCAGCCGAUCAUACAGUUUGUGCAGAGGUGUGAGGAGCCUUGUGCGUUCAAUCGUCUGGGCGACAACUUCUUCUACGUGUUGGAAAGAGAGAGACGGCACUUUUGGUAUCAGGAAACUCCCGGCGGUAAGCCUCAACUUAUCGUAUAUUAUUCGCAUAGAACGCUGGCUGAAAGCUUCAACGCGACGUGCCCGCAUUAUUUUCCCGACACACUGAUGACAGUACUAGCCGAAAGCCCUUUAUCGAGUCUCCGAAUUCUGUUAAACUCUGCAAAAAAUGAUGAUUUGUCGCUGCGAAAGAUGGGAAUCGCGCAAAAAAAUACAAAAAAAAAUCACAGCAACGCGCUUACUAUUGUGAUUGUAAAUUUUGGUAUAUGUAACAAGAAAUUUCAGACCUUCCUUUGGGUCAAAAACAGCCCAAAUUUUUAACAGUCUGUCGGGAAAAUAAUGACCACUCUGUCGCAUCGAAAAUCGCAUCGCCGCCGAGAAAAUGAAUUUUGUCGCGACAAAACCAAAUUAGCUUCCACAUCAGCGACGCGAUUGGCGCAGCGACGUUGCCUCAGGCUGAUAUUUUGUAAUAUCGGAAUAAAUUUCAGGUGCGCUGUGCCUCGUACAUGCCGACGAAGAGAAGUCCGUCAUCGAGAUGUCACGAGCAUAUUUUAAAUUCAAACCACAAGAACAAACAUGCAAGGCGGUUUGA